AUCGUCCAUUGUGUCCACUUUGUCCAGUAGGAAUUUAAGGGUCAGUUCAAUUCUCGAUCAUCACCAUGAAGGUUCUGCUACUCUCAGCAUUAGUUACCGUCGCCGCUGCUUUCCCUAACUACAGGGACUUAUUUCCCAAUGGAUACUCAGUCCCUAACCCAUGUGCUGCUGAUACCUGGGAAGCCGUAGGGCACUUUGAUCCGCAUCAUCACACAGUAGCCAAAAAUCAGUUCGGAAAAGAUUUUUCAGCCGCUGGCCACGUGUGGACCGAGGCACUGUGUAAAACUGACUCUGAUGGGGAUGGGAGAACAAACGGGGAGGAGUUGGGUGACCCUGCCUGUAACUGGACACCCGGAGACAGACCUGCGGGCACCGCCUCAGGACACCCAGGCAUUUGUGAGCCAGUUGGAUCAACUGCUUGCAGUGGCCAAGCUUUCAGAUGUGGUUGUCAUGGUAGUCAAUGUGACUUUUCGGCAGCUGGCCAUCUUUGGACACGUGAUCUCUGUAUGAAAGACUCAGAUGGUGACGGUAAGACGAAUGGGGAGGAGCUUGGUGACCCAGCCUGCCAAUGGAUUGUCGGCGACGCACCCGCUGCCAGGCCGACGGGGCAGCCCGGUAUUUGUGAACCCGUUGGAUCGCAUGCUUGUAGCAAACAAAAUUUCACGUGUGGAAGUCAGCGAAGUGUGAAUCUGCUGACUCUAAAUCUGUAA